AUGUCGUCAUUGUCAGAUCGAAUCUCCAUGCUUGAAGGUCUCCUCUUGGAAAAAGGUGUAGUACCGCCACCCGCAACUCAUCCUCCAAAAACAAGGCACGAUUUUCAAGAUGGCGUAGCUGUGGGAUCGAGCAAUCAGGAUCCAUCACCACAGUCUGAAUCAAAGUCCCCUGGAAGCGAGGGCCGUUCGCCACCCGACUCGCACGUUGAAGAUGUGGCGGCAAAUGAGAAUGAGAGCCAAAAUGAGAAAUCACAACUGAAUCCCUCAUCUGAAGGAAGCUCGCCUUUUCAAAUUUUUGAUCCAAAGCAAGGAGAUAUCAUUCAUCGACUGCUUUCCACCAAAGGCAAUCUGUCAUUCGACCAAAUCUCCGGGCAUCUACGGUUCUUUGGUCCCACCGCCAACAGUCAUGUAUACGCCGAGUCGACCAGUUUAUCGGAUAACCAUGAGCCUCCGGAACAAAUUCGCAGAGCCGUUAAAACUAUCCGUUCCCUAAGUCAAGAAACUCACGACUAUCUCAUUGAUAGUUUCUUCCAUUACUACAAUUCUGUUAUUCAAAUUAUCGACCGAUCCGCUUUCGAGGCUGACCGGAGUUCCAAUUCCUCCAAGUUCUACUCUCAUUUUCUUCAUGUAUCAAUCUUAGCCAUGGGAUAUCGCGUUGCAGAUAUGGACAGAGACGAUAUGCGCAAAAUCACACUCAACCCGCGAGAAAGCACACUCCAUAGAGAGGCCAAGCAUAUGCUAGAUAUUGAACUUGAACGCCCAGGUGGAAUCCCUAGCGUUCAGGCUUUACUACUGCUAGGUGAUCUUGAGUGCGGUGUUGGUAGAGAUAACACUGGUUGGAUGUAUUCUGGAAUGGCGAAUCGUCUUGCCUUUGAUAUUGGGCUCCAUCUCGACUGUGCCAGCACCGUGUCUGAACAGGAUACAAAGAUUCGAAAUAUGGUAAUGCAAGCAUGUGUUAUUUAUGACAGAUACUGGGGGCUAUUCUUGGGCCGCCCACUGGCUAUCAAAAGCCAAGACGUCGAUCUCCUCUCGAACCGGUUUUCACAGCUGGCAGCUUUUGGUUUUGAUACCGUCAAAACAGAUCUGACAACAGAAAUUUACGAACAACUCAUUGAGUUGAUGGAAUUAGCAGGUCGUAUUGUAGAGAUACGAGACCUGUCAAGCUCCAACAAGGCUAUGGAACAGUCUGGCACGUUUGCUGCAACGGAGGCCGAAGAAAAUAGAUAUCUUCAAGUGAUAAACCUUGACAGGCAGCUUCAAAACUGGUACCGGCGAUUACCAGACCGGAUGGCGUGGAAACCGAGCAACGUCAAAACUGCACCGUUCAGCUUCUUCCUGUUACAUCAGCAAUACCACGUUACUAUGAUUUUAUUACAUCGGCCAUGGGCAAAGUACGGUUCCAUCACCGGCGACGAUUCCAAGCCUGGAUCUGCAUCCGGUGCUGAUAACGAGGGAAUGCCAAAACCCGAGACCAUUGGGCAAUCACUUGGCCACAACCCAGAAGGAUCCUCGGUAUCUGCAGAUGAUCGUCAACGUGCAGUUCAUGGCAGUCGUACAUCUUUGGCACGCAGUAUCUGCACGCAGCAGGCAAUACGCGUGGCUCGAAUCUUCUGGCAACAUCGCCAACGGUUUGACGGCCGUAAGAUCUUUAUAACUGGGAUUCAACAUGCCGGUACUGCUUCCAUAGCAUUAAUCGCCGCGCUUGCAUAUCAGCGCAACGAGCCUAAUCGCCAGACUUACACCGGCUACCUCGAAAUCCUUUCUGAUGCUGUGGGUGAUAUGAGUGCCACCUAUCAUCCGGCUAUGAGGAUGGAUGAUCUGCUCAAGGCUGUCCUCGAUCAGAUUAGGGGUAGCGUGACCGAUGUAUCACGGUCCCGCAGUGGCAGCACGGGUCAUGUCGUUCACGUGGGCAUGGGCAAUCCAAAAAGUGUUUUCACUUUUGAAGGCAAUUCGUCGACUCCCGUAGUUCCAGUCAGAAGAGAAGCGGACGGGGAAUUCAGUCAGCCUGUGAAGAGAAGACGACCUUCUGUUCAUCGGCAAACGUCGGAUUAUGCUUCAUCGAAACCGUCCUUUAUCGGAAUGCCGACGCAACCUACGCCUACGCUCAACGAUAAAGCUUAUACGUUGCCAUAUGGCGAGCAUAGUCAGCCACCGCUCGACUCUAUCAUGUUCCCAAUGAAUGUACAUAGCCAGCCGGAUCAGCUUGGCCUUAGCUUGGCCGGUGGUAAUGCAGUCAAUGUUCAUCACGCUGAGAUUGCUUCGGCACAUAUGGUUGGAGCGAUAAGCACUCAGAAUCUCCCUACUCCUCUGCCCGAUAGCUGGGGACUAUCCAACAUGCAGCCCCCUUUCCCGCAGGGUCACUUUCAUGGUGCUAUUGACUGGACAUCUGGAACUGCUGGCCUCAGUGCAAGCUCAGUUCUGAAUCAGAGUGCUGCCAUGUCAACUGGUAUAAUGUCAGGGAUGACCACCUUCAACCCAACGAAAGAGCCGGGAAGUAUUGACGCAUAUGGCCCCGGAGGAGGGAAGUCUAUGCGUGGAAACAACGACAACAACGAUGAACAGCGAACCUAUCCGCUUGAUUUCUUCCAUUUUGCUUAG